AUGCUCGCCCCCUUUGCGCGGCGGCCCUUGACGCAAUCGCCUCGUUUCGUGCGCUCUCUUGCAGCCCUGCCCCGUGUGCCCAGCAGUCGAUUCGCGACUCCACGAUUCUCGUCCACCGCAGAGUCUGAUUCCACUUCCACGAUCGAGUCUGGUCUCAAAAGCGCAGAGACUGCCUUGAACGAUGCCACCGAGCUAUAUGACCAACACGAUGUCCUAAGCAAGCGAUUCGAAGAGAUCGUCAAGGUCGUUGACGAAGUUAAAUCUCUAUCCAAUGAAGCCAAACCAUCGUCUUUUACGUCUUAUACACGCAGCAAGCCCUUUUUCUCCCAAGGAAGUGAUGUCGCCAAACUAUCUGCCGAAUAUAAACUUCUAACCACGGAGAACGCAUGGAAAUUGACUACCGCUGGCACCGGCUUGUACAAGACAUUCUUCUUUAAAACUUAUUCUAGGGGUCUGGACUUUAUUCAAAUCGUCGGCAUUAACAGCAAGGCUAAAUCCCAUCAUCCACACAUAAGUUUUAGACCGCCUAACUCAGUCAAAAUCCACUGGACAACGCACUCCCCUCCGGGGCUGUCGGAAAAGGAUUUUCACAUGGCCAAGAUUUGCGAUGAAAACGCCAACCUACUAGGGGGCUCCAUAGAGCCAAUAAGGCCUGUCACACCAAAAACACAAAGAGAGGAAACUCCUUCGGUAGUGCGUAAGAUUGCAGUUCCAGGAAGUUAG